GGGUGAUUUUGCGCAAAAGUGCGUGAACGUGUUUUCACGGCGUGCUUGGCUAUGCUGGAAAGCCGUUUGAGCAUGUCGUUCUUUUUUUGAUUGCAGCAAUAUGUGAUCGAUCAGGACGCAACUAUCAAGCCAUUCCAAUAAAGAGUCCAUCGAUGUAUCACUCAAGAGCUUGUGUCUUUCACAAAGACUACCAUUAGCCAUAUCACAGCCAGCCACCGAACCACAGAAAGUGAAGGACCCCGCACCAUUAUAGCCGUCAAAGGUCAAGAGGAUGAAUAUUUAAGUCGAGCAUAUCCAGACCAAGAUUUGAUUUACAUUCCUCACUACUCAUCUACUUCUUACAGCAACAAACAACACUCAAAUCAAGUUUUUCUAGCAACUCACACAUAUCAUCAUUCAAUAUGGUUUUCAACGGCGUCGGUACCUACGAGAUUGUGCCAUACCAGGCUCCAACUCUCAACCUCAAUGCCUGGGAGGGUUUGCUCACACCUGGAGCAGAUGUCAGAACAUACGCUCGUGGUAACACACCAAGCGAUAAUGCCAAGUGGCAGGUUGCACUCGUUGCUGGCUCUGGUGAGAACGCUGAGUAUUUGAUCAUCAAUGUCCGCAGCGGUUUCUUCCUCACCGCCACCGGCGACAACAAGAUUGCCUCUACUCCUCAAAUCUCCCCAACUGAUCAGUCUGCCCGCUGGACUAUCAAGGCCUCAACAACCAAUGGCUACCAAGUCUUCACUAUCAACAACAAGAUUUCCAGCCGUGGUCAACUUUCCGUGAAAGACUUUGGCACCCAGAGCGGAGCUGAUAUUCUCUCUGCAACUACAAAGAAUGAGGACAACCAGAAAUGGUAUUUUGAUGCCAAGUAAAUUGCACGAGAAUUAUCUGGUAGCGAGUAGCCUGGUUUCAAAUUGUUGGAAUUCAAUACACUCUUUAUUGGUAUCUGAAUACGGAUCUAGGUAGCAAAUGAAAUACAACGGUCUUUUCUCAUGGCAUUUGCAGACGAUUAUUAUUGUUCUUGGUGAUUUGAAAAUCGAGAUGGUUGCGCGACCAUCUUUACAUGUUAUUCUUACGUUGUUUAGUAAAAGCGUCAAGCCCAGAGCAACCAGAAUGGAUUUGUAGA